GAGUGCGGCCUCUCCUCUAUGGUCGCGGGCUGGGGGCAAGCUCCGCACUGGCUCCUAGGUUACCUCCGGAAGUGAAGUCGCCACCCCCGCUCCUUCCUCGGGGGUCAGUGCUGGGUGAUGGCCGGGUAGGACCCAGGACGGAAGGAAUGGUGAGCUGUGGCGCGUCAGGGGAUUGCGAGAUGAGGCAACUGAAGCAGAAAAGAUUCCACGAUGCUUUACUGCACUUCCCUGAGGCAGACAUUUUCCUUAUCUGUGGAUCCCAGAAUUUGCUAAGAGAUGGAAGAGUCUCAAGAAAAUGACCUCAACAUCGUGGGUCCAGAGAAGGACGACCCUCUGGAAAGCCCUAGCCCUCAGAUUUCUGUCAGCGAAUUCUCGUGCCACUGCUGUUACGAUAUCCUGGUUAACCCCACCACCCUGAACUGUGGGCACAGCUUUUGCCGACACUGCCUAGCUUUGUGGUGGGUGUCGUCAAAGAAAACAGAGUGUCCGGAAUGCAGAGAGAAAUGGGAAGGCUUCCCCAAAGUCAACAUUCUCCUCAGGGAUGCUAUUGAGAAGUUAUUUCCUGAUGCCAUUAGAAUGAGACUUGAAGACAUAGAGCAGAAUAACGACAUAGUCCAGAGUCUCGCAGCCUUCCAAAAAUAUGGCAAUGACCAGAUUCCUUUAGCUCCCAACACAGGCCGAGUGAAUCAGCCGAGAGGAGGGGGCUUCUUUUCUGGAGUGCUCACAGCUCUAACUGGCGUGGCCGUGGUCCUGCUCGUGUAUCACUGGAGCAGCAGGGAGUCUGAGCACGACCUCCUGGUCCACAAGGCCGUGGCCCAAUGGACGGCGGAAGAAGUGGUCCUCUGGCUGGAGCAGCUGGGCCCUUGGGCCUCCCUCUACAGGGACAGGUUUUCAUCUGAGAGAGUGAAUGGAAGAUUGCUUUUAACCCUGACAGAGGAAGAAUUUUCAGGAGCACCGUAUACCAUAGAAAACAGCAGCCACAGAAGAGCCAUCCUCGCAGAGCUGGAGCGCGUCAAAGCACUAGGCGUGAAGCCUCCCCAAAAUCUCUGGGAAUAUAAGGCCGUGAACCCAGGCAGGUCCCUGUUCCUGCUCUACGCCCUCAAGAGCUCGCCAAGACUCAGUCUGCUGUACCUGUACCUGUUUGACUACACAGACACCUUCCUGCCCUUCAUCCACACUAUCUGCCCGCUGCAGGAGGACAGGGAGGACAUCAUCACCAAGCUUCUGGAUCUGAGGGAGCCCACCUGGCCACAGUGGAGAGAGUUCCUUGUCAAAUACUCCUUCCUGCCAUACCAGCUGAUUGCCGAAUUUGCCUGGGACUGGCUGGAGGUCCAUUACUGGACGUCACGGUUCCUCAUCGUCAAUGCCAUGUUACUCUCGGUUCUUGAAUUAUUCUCUUUUUGGAGGAUCUGGUCCAGAAGUGAGCUGAAGACAGUGCCUCAGAGGAUGUGGAGCCAUUUUUGGAAAGUGUCAACACAGGGGCUUUUUGUGGCCAUGUUCUGGCCCCUCAUUCCUCAGUUUGUUUGCAACUGUUUGUUUUAUUGGGCCCUGUAUUUCAACCCAAUUAUUAACAUCGAUCUCGUCGUCAAGGAAGUUCGACGGCUGGAAACCCAAGUGUUGUGACUGGUGAAGCCCCAGCUCCAAGAGACUCCUCAGUCAGUGGAGUGAGGGAGCGGACUUCCUGUUUUCUACCCCUGUGAAACAAGGUGCUGCUUUGUAUGUCAAAGGCUUCAACCAGGCCCUCUCUCUUGCUGUGGCCCCGUGGUGGCAGAGACUGAUAAUCAGCACAAGGAGGGAUCUCUGUUCUGCCCGCAGCAGAAGCACCUCCCACCAGCCACAUCUCCACAAGGACACAGGAGCGCAGGACAAUGGCUGACAGGACUCAGGCUCCUCAGAGGACAUCACGCCAUAUAGGUGACGCCCAGAGGCCAUCCCAUCAGCAGGCCCCUUCGCCCUAACCUCAGUGACUGAGAGGCUUGCUGGGGCGGGGGCCCAUCCUUUAAGUCAAGUUUAGGAAAACGGGUUGAAAUUUUGUCAUAGGCCUAGAUUGUUACCCAUAAAAAGCGCAGAGGAAAAACCCAGAAUUCAAUCACCAGUUCUCUCCUGUUGAGUAGCUGUUAGGCUUUGGAGUGAACCUCAGAAAGGAGUCAGUUUGAGGUGAGCAUGAUGGUGGGCUUGUCCUCACUGUUCGCUCUUCUGCAGUCAUUGAAGUUUGGAUCCCUCUUUCCAAGCAGAGGGAUUGAGUGUGAUGUCAGGCACUUCAUAGAGCGUUAUUCCCAUUAGGCUGAGCUGCACUGGGCUACUUAAAAGCAUUGUUUUGCUUUUAAGAGUUUUAAUUUGUAAAGUAAGACUGGGUUAGUUUCUGUUUAAGGAAGCAUUUUCCAGAUUGACCGCACACUGUAUAAUGUGUAACCUUUAUCGUUCUGUCCUGAUGUAUAAACACAGGUAUAAUUACACCCAGGGCUAUCACUGUAAAUAGGAGCAGGAUGAAGGAUGGCCUUUCAUUCCCAUCCAGUGUGAAAAUCUAAGUAUGCAGUGUGAUCUCAGCAAGAUUGUCGUCACUAAAAUAAGUCUGCAUCCAAAGUGUGUUCGUGACUCCACAAACCAUUCACUGACCCUUUGUAUCUGCGUGAAGAUUUCACUCACACUUUGCCUCUGAAAGUAUGAAGAAAUUACUUGAAAUAAA